UAUUGUGGGGUGUGUGAUCGGGAGAUGCCACCAAGAAGUCAUCAUUGCGUGUUGUGUAAGAGGUGUGUGCUAGUACGAGAGCACCAUUGCUUCUUCCUCGGAACGUGUAUUGGAGGAAAUAAUUUGAAAAGUUUCUGUCAAUUGUUAUUUUUUAUUUCAUCGGGUUGCCUAUUAGCUUUGAUUCUCUGCUUGCGGUAUUUAAAUUUGGUACAUUUAAGUUUGGCAUUUGGGUUUUUCAUAAUGGAGUUGAACGUCGUUGUAGUUGGGUUUGUUGCUUCUACAAGUUUUCUCGCUUGGCACGUGUUUUUAAUUUGCACAGGUUUAACCUCUUACGAAUUCUACACAAAGAAAUUG